AUGGCCGCUCCGGUGGAUCAGAAGCUUCUCCGGAAGACUAAGUUUCCCCCCGAGUUUAGUCGCAAGGUUGAUAUGCAGAAAGUCAACAUUGAGGUUAUGAAGAAGUCUGUCCGCCCUUCCCCGGAUUUGGAUCGCGAAGACCACAUGCUAAUCACCAUAUUAAACUAUAGAUGGAUCGCAGGCCGGAUUUCUGAGAUUCUUGGCAAUGAAGACGAUGUAGUCAUCGAGCUUUGCUUUGGCCUAAUUGAAGGCACCCGCUACCCUGAUAUCAAGGCAAUCCAAAUCCAACUGACAGGAUUUCUUGACAAAGAUACCCCCAAGUUCUGCAAGGAUCUUUGGCUGCUGUGUCUGAGCGGUCAAGAGAAUCCCCAGGGUGUUCCAAAGGAACUCUUAGAAGCGAAAAAGCUCGAGCUCAUCCAAGAAAAGGCUGAAGCCGAGAGAGCCGCCGAAUCCGCUCGACGACAGCGUGAGCAAGAUAUCGCCCGGGAGCGCGAAUUGGGUGACAUCAGAAACAGAGAACGCGGAGCCCGUGGUGAUCGCGAACGGGGACAGAGGGCCCCUGGUCGGAACCGUGGUUUUAAUGACAACUACCGCCGACGAUCGCGAUCCCCUCCCCCUCGCAAUCGAAGCCGGGACCGAUACCGUGAACCCCCUCGCCGUAACUUUGAUUCUUAUGUCCCGUCUAGCUCGAACCAAGGCCGCCGCUCUCGCUCCCCUUCUCAAUCUCGCUCCCGAUCUCGCUCCCUCCAUUCCCCUUCUCGUUCAUCCAUUCGGGAGCCGCGUCAUGCUGGUCGUGCACGGUCUCCAGACCGCCGCCGCGGAACCUUCAGUCGAUCUAUCUCCCCCGGCUCGCGCAGCCGUGAGGGAACUAGGCGCAGCCCAAACUACGGUGAUCGAAACAGAUCUAUUGACAAGAAUAAUCCACGCUCACCAAUUCCCAGAGAUGAACGGAGACGGCGCUCGUUCUCCCGCAGCGUGACACCAUCCUCUCGGCGCCAGGACCGCAAGAACUCUGGCUCGAGCGAUCUCCCUCGCUAUCGACAACGUUCGCGUGAUAGAGGUAGACGAUAUGAACGCGACACUUCCCGAUUGAACGACGAAGAGACUCGUGGUCGUGGGUAUGGACGACGCCGCAGCCGCAGCCGCAGCCGCAGCCCUCGCAGAGAGCAUGAACGGCGCCGCUCUUUGGAGCGACACACUCCAGCUGCUCACAGAAGACGUGACACAUCUGUAUCUACACCCGAAAAACAACCAGAGAAUGCUGAUCAGUCCGAAGACCCAUUGACUCCCAAACCACUCGAGAUGCAACCCAACGCGGAGGAUGAGGAAAUGAAGGAUACCGAGUGA